AGCGGAAGAGCCCUUCUCCUCCCUCCCUCCCUGACCCGCGAUGCCGUCGGACCUGGCCAAGAAGAAGGCGGCCAAGAAGAAGGAGGCGGCCAAGGCUCGGCAGAGGCCCAAGCGAGGGAACGACGACGGUGACGAGCAGCAGGAGAACAACGCCACCGCCAACGGAGGGCAGGAACAGGACUCCGGGGGGCAGCCCACGCCCGAAGCAGCAGGAGAUGUGGACGCGGCCAGCCGGGCUCUGGAGGCCUUUGAGCUGAAGAAGGCAGCAGCGCGGGCGGUGACGGGGGCCCUGGCCUCGCACCCCAACUCCACCGACGUGCACAUCAUCAGCCUGGCCCUCACCUUCCACGGGCAGGAGCUGCUCAGCGACACCAAGCUGGAGCUCAACUCCGGGCGCCGGUACGGACUCAUCGGGCUCAACGGCACGGGGAAAUCCAUGCUGCUCUCGGCCAUUGGGAAGCGGGAGGUGCCCAUCCCGGAGCACAUCGACAUCUACCACUUGACCCGGGAGAUGCCCCCCAGCGAGAAGACGCCCCUGCAGUGCGUGAUGGAGGUGGACACGGAGAGGGCCAUGCUGGAGCGGGAGGCCGAGCGCCUGGCCCACGAAGAUGCCGAGUGUGAGAAGCUUCUGGAGCUGUACGAGCGGCUGGAAGAGCUGGACGCGGACAAGGCGGAGAUGCGGGCCUCGCGGAUCCUGCACGGCCUGGGCUUCUCCCCCCUCAUGCAGCGCAAGAAGCUCAAGGACUUCAGCGGGGGCUGGCGCAUGCGGGUGGCCCUGGCCAGGGCCCUCUUCAUCCGGCCCUUCAUGCUGCUCCUGGACGAGCCCACCAACCACCUGGACCUGGACGCCUGCGUCUGGUUGGAGGAGGAGCUCAAGACGUUCAAGCGCAUCCUGGUGCUCAUCUCCCACUCCCAGGACUUCCUCAACGGCGUCUGCACCAACAUCAUCCACAUGCACAACCGCAAGCUCAAGUACUACACGGGCAACUACGACCAGUACGUCAAGACCCGGCUGGAGCUGGAGGAGAACCAGAUGAAGCGCUUCCACUGGGAGCAGGACCAGAUCGCCCACAUGAAGAACUACAUUGCCCGCUUUGGCCACGGAAGUGCCAAGCUGGCCCGCCAGGCCCAGAGCAAAGAGAAGACCCUCCAGAAGAUGAUGGCCUCAGGGCUGACCGAGAGGGUCAUUACGGACAAGACCCUCUCCUUCUGCUUCCCGGCCUGCGGCAAGAUCCCUCCCCCGGUCAUCAUGGUGCAGAACGUGAGCUUCAAAUACUCCAAAGACGGGCCUUGGAUUUACAACAACUUGGAGUUUGGGAUCGACCUGGACACGCGGGUGGCCUUGGUGGGGCCCAACGGCGCAGGGAAGUCCACGCUCUUGAAGCUCCUCACGGGAGAGCUCCUGCCCACAGAUGGCAUGAUCCGCAAGCACUCACACGUCAAGAUCGGCAGGUACCACCAGCACUUGCAAGAGCAGCUGGACCUGGACCUCUCCCCUCUGGAGUACAUGAUGAAGUGCUACCCGGAGAUCAAGGAGAAGGAGGAGAUGAGGAAGGUCAUCGGCCGCUACGGACUCACCGGGAAGCAGCAGGUGAGCCCCAUCCGCAACCUGUCGGACGGCCAGAAGUGCCGCGUCUGCUUUGCCUGGCUGGCCUGGCAGAACCCCCACAUGCUCUUCCUGGACGAACCCACCAACCACCUGGACAUCGAGACCAUCGACGCCUUGGCCGACGCCAUCAGCGACUUCGAGGGGGGCAUGAUGCUGGUCAGCCACGACUUCCGGCUCAUCCAGCAGGUGGCGCAGGAGAUCUGGGUCUGUGAGAAGCGGACGAUCACCAAGUGGCCCGGAGACAUCCUCUCCUACAAGGAGCACCUCAAGUCCAAGCUGGUGGACGAGGAGCCGGCGCUCGCCAAGAAGACCCACAGCGCCUGAGCCCCACGGCAGGAGGGGAGGGGGAGGGGGAGGAAGGGGGGGCAAGGUUGGGCCUUUCCUCAGAGACUGGUGGCCCCCAACCUGCUGCG